AAUAUCGGAAUGCUCUCCUUGACUCUACUGCAUCAUUUUCUGCCCUGAACGAAUACCUUAGAAGUAUUGAAAAUGUUGUGUUUGCUACUGAGAGCGAGUAGUAGGACUGUACUGCCAGUUUUAAGUAAACUGAUGUUUUUGUACUUUUAUGAUUUUUUAUAUUUUGCCAAGAGAGUGAAUUUUUGCAGUUGCUGAAUGUGCAUUUAUUUUUCUGUUGAACAUUCGCCAAUAUCCGCAUUUUUUUACAUUUGCGUUACAUUCAAAUAUAUCGUUUCCACACCUUUAAUAUUCGUCCUGGGAACUGACAAAAUCAAUAAGUGAAUGAAAUGAGAACGAAUGAACCAAAUUCAGGUCCGCCGGAUGGGAAUCGAGCGACGACUCCUCGAUUCUCCCGGAAAGCUCGGUGUUCGGAGACAUGAUCCGCGCCGACUUCGAGGACACUAGUAGGAACCAGACGCUCAAGUCGCUGCUCCUGCUCCAGUGGGCGCGCACUUUCUGUCCGCGCGUGAGCUUCAUCCUCAAGGCGGACGACGACGCGUACGUGGACCUGCCGCGCCUUAUCACGCUGCUGGAGACCAAGAAGGCCGCCUUCGAGAACGACACGCGCCGCGGCAACGGCGCCGGCUUCCUGCUCGGCAAGCGACACGAGAGCAAGCCGACCGGACGGAACCGCCGAAGGUACUACGGAAGACCAGCCGGUUCCUCCUGGGCGCCUGCCUACUUGUCCGGCGCGGCGUACGUGAUGUCGGGGGCGAUCGCGGGCCCGAUGCUUCGCAAGGCGUUGGAGACGCCCGCCCUUCACCACGAGAACGUCUUCCUCACGGGAAUCGUGGCGUCCCAGCUGCACCUGCGGCUGUUCCACUCGCCCUGCUUCGCCUGCUGCGACGAGCUGGCGGACCCGUGCGCUUACCGCGGACUGCUAGCCGCCACCGUCGCCAAGCCCGACACCCUGCGCAUCGCGUGGAAGCACGCGCGCGGUCACGCAGUCGGCGGCUGCGUUCCGCGCAACGACACCGACCGCCUGCACUGCUGAUGGGCCCCGCUCGCGCUAUAUCGCCGCCGCCGUGGCGAUGGCUUACAUUACAAUAUAGAUGAACGAUACGCGAUGGCUUUUCACUGCGCGCCUGUGGAGGGCCGUAACGGCUACUGAUUUGAUUGGACACUGAUAAAGGGAUUUUUUCUCUUUCUCCCUCUUUUUCAGUGAACAACGAUACGACUUGAGCCAUUUGGUGGUCCAGGGCCAUUCGGCUCGUAUCUCUGGCUUGCAGUGGUCUGGGCAUCUUCCCACGCUUUGACGCGAAUGUCGCGCGAACAAGGAGGCACUAUUCACACGUCGACCUCUGGUUAGCGCUAUACGAACAAGGCUGCAUUGCAAAAUUAUAGUGCACAUCAUUUUUAAUAAUAAUUUCUGGGGUUUAACACGAGCCAAAAUAAGGACAUGAUUGAGGCGCCGACAUGGGUGCCUCUGGCUUUAAUGAGAUGUAGUAGUAGACUCCGUCAGCAAAGCUGUAAAUCAAGCUCUCUUUGCAUUGAAGUUCGUUGACCAGCGCAGCAGAAUUUUACUUUGACAUGAUUACAAGCAGCGACCAUACAUGUCUGUGCUCUAGGUUUUUAUUUUAUUUUUUUUUUGUCCUCAUGUCUAUGCAAUUUUGUGUUUUCUGUCAUGGCAAUAUGAAUAUCUCCGCUGGUAGGUAAUAUACAUUCGCAAUUCCAACUGUUUCGCUUCGCUCGCAUCCGAACUACCAGAAAGAAACAACGUUAUUAAAGUAAGGCUGCUUUGUUGCGGGUUACUGUGGGUGGAACCCCUCUUCCAGGUCCCCACUAGCUACUGCGGCUCGCCAGGCCUGGUCAAGGGUCGCCAUUUGGCUUCCCAAGUCACGAUACAUGUUUGUAAAGAGGUAACUUGCUUAGAUUUGCGAAGUAUUCUCUUUAUUUUGUAACAGUACGAAAUGUGAACGCGCAAAAGCAAGACCAAGGUCUUAGGAAAACAAAAAACAAAAAAAAAACAUAGCCAACAAUAGCACGAGGCACUUCCAAGUAAGCGCGAUCAGCAAGUG